AUGGGACAUGAGGAGCAUGGAGGGACUUGGCACAUGGAAGCAGCUCAACUGGAUACGCAAAGGAAGAAGGGAGAAGCCAUCUUGAAGACCAGCUCGACCGUCCACUCGACUACUCGACCAACCGGUCGAGUUCCUCAACUCGACCGGCCAAGCUUCAACUCGAUCGAGCUGGGGAGUCAAAACACAGGAGCCAAUGUGAACAUCAUGUCUAAGAGGAUAGCUGACAAGAUAGGCCUCACCAAGAUACAGCCAUCAUCCAUCUCCAUCAACUAUGCUGAUUCAUUCUCACAAACCCCCUAUGGCUUUGUGCCUAAUGUGAUGGUGCAGAUUGGAAAUUGCUCUAUCCCCACCGAUUUUCAGAUUGUGGAAAUGAGAGAGAGUAGCCAUAGACCUCUCAUAUUUGGAACCCCUUUCCUGUCUACUGUGGGUGCCAUAUUUGAUUUCCCCAAUCAAAGAAUCUCUUUCAACAAGGUGAACAAGGGUAUGUUCUUCCCUAUGUGUUCAACAAAGAACUCUUUUGUUGACAUGGUCCAAGAGGAGAAAGUUACUUUGAAGCCACCCCAAGAAGGAGAAACUGAAGAAACAAUCAAGGAAGAUCCCAUUCCUAAGCCCAAGCAGCUUGCCACACAAGCAAGGAGUAAGACUAAGGCCCCUACACCAAAACCGCCCAAGGGAUCAUCCAAGAUUGAAGAUGAGGCCAAGCCAAGAAGAAGGUUAGAAAACCUAGGCAUUUGUGCCAAGGGACAUCAUGGAGAGAUUGUCUAUCCAGCUGUGAAUCACCCACCAGAUACUCAUUGCAAGGAGAAAAGACUUGGAGGAUCAAAGAUGCCUCUUGUCUCCAUCUUCUCUGAGCGCCAAGCCUUACAGAUAGAAGGAGAAAAAGGUGUGAAAACACAAUCCGCGCCAAACCAUUGGCCGCGGACGCGCAGAAAAAUUUUGGCCGAGCAAUUUCCAACCGGGCCGACCGUUACGGUCGAGCCGGGAAGGAACGGCUUAUGCUCGGCCGGAUUGUUUCAAACGCGCGACAGAAACCGUCCGCGCGGCACGCACGGGCAGAAAGGAACGGCUCGCUCGGCCGGAUUCAUGUAUCGGAACGGACCGACCGUUACGGUCGAUCCGGGAAACAAACGAUCGGCCUCGGCCGAAAUCUCUCGUCCACACGAGAUUUGGCCGACCAAAUCGCACGGCCGCGACAAAAUCCUCGGCCAUCGACCCAAAACUUUUCUC